GAGCCGCCCCGCUCCGGCCCCGCUCCGGCCCCGCUCCGGCCCCGCGAUGUCGCCGCGCUCCGCCCGCCUGGCGCGGCUGUCGCGCUCGGUCACCUUCAGCGCCUGCCACCGCCUGCACAGCAAAUCCCUGAGCGAUGAGGAGAACCUGAAGCUCUUUGGGAAGUGCAACAAUCCAAAUGGCCACGGACACAACUACAAAGUUGUGGUGACCGUGCGUGGAGAGAUUGACCCAGUCUCGGGGAUGGUGAUGAACCUGACAGAGCUGAAGGAGCUCAUGCAGGAAGCAAUCAUGGAGCCGCUGGACCACAAAAACCUGGACAAGGAUGUGCCCUACUUCUCUGAGGUGGUGAGCACCACGGAGAACAUUGCUGUGUUCAUCUGGGACAGCCUCCAGAAGCUCCUGCCCCAGGGAAUCCUUUACAAAGUGGAAGUGCAGGAGACAGAGCAGAACGUGGUCGUUUACAAGGGAGAAGAAACAAUUGUCAAGUGAGAUCAGCCUCAGCUCAGCUGCUCAGGAGAAAUGCUCCAAAAUCAGCUCCGUGGAUUCCUGCUCAGAAUUUCCUGCAGCCAGCCCCGGGUUCUGUGUUCCAUCAGGACAAGUGCUGAUGUUUCACAAGGAACCUCAGACCCCUUCUGGGUUCUCAGAAUUCUGUUUUUCCUCAAGACCUUCCUGUUUUGCCAGCUGAUGUGAAAUUUAGAAUUGUGCCGUGGUAAAUAAAGCAGCUCUGGGGAGAGGAGGUGGCCUGGUAAAAUCACAAAAGGCUUUGAUUUCUCUCUGAUUAAAUAUUGAAUUAAUUUA